GGGCACGCCGCGCGCGCGCCACUGCUCGCGGCGAGCCCGGGAGUGAUGGCGAGCCCCCCGCAGGCCGCCAGCUCCUGAGGCGCCCCGCCCCGCCCUACCCCGCCCCGCCCCGCGCGGCCCGCCCCGCCCGGCCCUGCCCUGCCCUCCUCCCCGCCGGCGGCUGCCGGGGCGCUUCCUAGUCGGCGCGGGCGGCCGCCCAGGAGAGGUGCGGCCUCCGCACAGGCGGGGGGCGUCGGCGCCGCGGGUCCCGCCAUGGCCGCGUCCGAGCUCUACACAAAGUUUGCCAGGGUUUGGAUACCUGAUCCUGAAGAAGUUUGGAAGUCAGCAGAGCUGCUCAAAGAUUAUAAGCCAGGAGAUAAAGUUCUUCUCCUUCACCUUGAGGAUGGAAAGGAUUUGGAAUAUCGUCUAGAUCCAAAGACCAAGGAACUGCCUCAUUUAAGAAACCCUGACAUACUUGUGGGUGAAAAUGACCUCACAGCCCUCAGUUAUCUUCACGAGCCUGCUGUACUCCAUAAUCUCAGAGUCCGCUUUAUUGAUUCCAAACUUAUUUAUACAUAUUGUGGUAUAGUCCUAGUAGCUAUAAAUCCUUAUGAACAGCUGCCUAUUUAUGGAGAAGAUAUUAUUAAUGCAUAUAGUGGUCAAAACAUGGGUGAUAUGGAUCCACAUAUCUUUGCAGUAGCUGAAGAAGCUUACAAGCAAAUGGCCAGAGAUGAACGAAAUCAGUCCAUCAUUGUAAGUGGAGAGUCUGGGGCAGGAAAAACAGUCUCAGCUAAGUAUGCCAUGAGAUACUUUGCAACAGUCAGUGGUUCUGCCAGUGAAGCCAAUGUUGAGGAAAAGGUGUUGGCUUCCAACCCCAUCAUGGAGUCCAUUGGAAAUGCUAAAACCACCAGGAAUGAUAAUAGUAGCCGUUUUGGGAAGUAUAUUGAGAUUGGUUUUGAUAAGAGAUAUCGAAUCAUCGGUGCCAAUAUGAGAACUUACCUUUUAGAGAAAUCCAGAGUGGUGUUCCAGGCAGAAGAGGAAAGAAACUAUCAUAUCUUCUAUCAACUUUGUGCCUCAGCAAACCUACCUGAAUUUAAAGUGCUGCGAUUAGGAGAUGCAAAUAACUUUCAUUACACGAAUCAAGGUGGCAGUCCUGUGAUUGAAGGAGUAGAUGAUGCCAAGGAGAUGGCACAUACCAGACAGGCCUGCACUUUGCUAGGAAUUAGUGAAUCUUAUCAGAUGGGAAUUUUCCGAAUACUUGCUGGCAUCCUACACUUAGGCAAUGUUGUGUUUAUGUCUCGAGAUUCAGACAGCUGCACAAUCCCUCCCAAGCAUGAACCCCUCAGCAUCUUCUGUGACCUCAUGGGUGUGGCCUUUGAGGAGAUGAGUCACUGGCUCUGCCAUCGGAAGCUGGCCACUGCCACAGAGACGUACAUCAAGCCCAUCUCCAAGCUGCAGGCCACUAAUGCCCGUGAUGCACUGGCCAAGCACAUCUAUGCCAAGCUCUUUAACUGGAUUGUAGAUCAUGUCAAUCAGGCACUCCAUUCUGCUGUCAAGCAGCAUUCUUUUAUCGGUGUGCUGGAUAUUUAUGGAUUUGAAACAUUUGAGAUAAAUAGUUUUGAACAGUUUUGCAUAAAUUAUGCAAAUGAAAAACUACAGCAACAAUUCAAUAUGCACGUUUUCAAAUUAGAACAAGAAGAAUAUAUGAAAGAACAAAUUCCAUGGACACUCAUAGAUUUUUAUGAUAAUCAGCCUUGCAUUAAUCUUAUAGAAUCUAAACUGGGCAUUCUAGAUUUGCUGGAUGAGGAAUGCAAGAUGCCUAAAGGUACAGAUGACACUUGGGCCCAAAAAUUGUACAACACACAUUUGAACAAAUGUGCACUAUUUGAGAAGCCCCGCCUAUCAAAUAAAGCUUUCAUCAUCCAGCAUUUUGCUGACAAAGUGGAAUACCAGUGUGAAGGCUUUCUGGAAAAGAAUAAAGACACCGUUUUUGAAGAACAAAUUAAAGUUCUUAAAUCAAGCAAGUUUAAGAUGUUACCAGAAUUAUUUCAAGACGAUGAGAAGGCCAUCAGCCCAACCUCAGCCACCUCUUCAGGGCGCACGCCUCUCACCCGCACCCCUUCAAAGCCCACCAAAGGCAGACCAGGCCAGACAGCCAAAGAGCACAAGAAAACAGUGGGGCACCAGUUCCGAAACUCCCUCCACCUGCUUAUGGAGACCCUGAACGCCACUACACCUCACUAUGUGCGCUGUAUCAAGCCUAACGACUUCAAGUUCCCAUUCACGUUUGAUGAGAAGAGGGCAGUGCAGCAGCUGAGAGCAUGUGGUGUCCUGGAAACCAUUCGGAUCAGCGCGGCAGGUUUCCCCUCUCGGUGGACUUACCAAGAAUUUUUCAGCCGCUAUCGGGUCCUAAUGAAGCAAAAAGAUGUACUAAGUGACAGAAAGCAAACAUGCAAGAAUGUUUUAGAGAAACUGAUAGUGGACAAGGACAAAUACCAGUUUGGGAAGACAAAGAUCUUUUUCCGGGCUGGUCAAGUGGCCUACCUAGAAAAAUUGAGGGCAGACAAGCUGAGGGCUGCCUGCAUCCGGAUCCAGAAGACGAUCCGAGGGUGGCUGCUGCGGAAGAAGUACCUGCGCAUGCGCAAGGCUGCCAUCACCGUGCAGAGAUAUGUGCGAGGCCACCAGGCCCGAUGCUAUGCUAAGUUCCUGCGCAGAACCAAGGCAGCCACUAUCAUUCAGAAGUACUGGCGUAUGUAUGUAGCUCGCCGGAGAUACAAGAUCAUGCGAACUGCCACAAUUGUCCUUCAGUCUUAUUUGCGAGGCUACUUGGCCAGAAAUAGGUAUCACAAGAUACUCCGUGAGCACAAAGCAGUCAUCAUUCAGAAGUGGGUCCGUGGCUGGCUAGCUCGCACCUACUAUAGGAGGAGCAUCCACGCCAUCAUCUACCUCCAGUGCUGCUUCCGACGGAUGAUGGCCAAGCGCGAGCUGAAGAAACUUAAGAUCGAGGCCCGCUCUGUGGAGCGCUAUAAGAAGCUCCACAUUGGCAUGGAGAACAAGAUCAUGCAGCUGCAGCGCAAAGUUGAUGAGCAGAACAAAGACUACAAAUGCCUCAUGGAGAAACUGACCAACCUAGAAGGAACAUACAACUCGGAGACCGAGAAGCUACGAAGUGAUUUAGAACGUCUUCAGCUAAGUGAAGAAGAAGCUAAGAUUGCUACUGGACGGGUCCUCAGUCUGCAGGAAGAAAUUGCCAAGCUACGGAAAGACCUGGAACAAACUCGGUCUGAGAAAAAAUCCAUUGAGGAACAUGCUGAUAGAUACAAGCAAGAAACUGAGCAGCUGGUGUCAAAUCUGAAGGAAGAAAAUACUUUGCUGAAGCAGGAAAAAGAGGCCCUCAAUCACCGUAUCGUGGAGCAGGCUAAGGAGAUGACAGAGACUAUGGAGAAGAAGUUAGUAGAAGAAACAAAACAACUGGAACUCGAUCUUAAUGAUGAAAGGCUGAGAUAUCAGAACCUUCUGAAUGAGUUUAGUCGCUUGGAAGAACGCUAUGAUGACCUCAAGGAAGAGAUGACUCUGAUGGUGAAUGUGCCUAAGCCUGGACACAAGAGAACAGACUCUACCCACAGCAGCAAUGAGUCUGAAUACACCUUUAGCUCUGAAAUUGCAGAAACUGAAGAUAUUCCAUCAAGGACAGAGGAGCCAAGUGAGAAGAAGGUGCCUCUGGACAUGUCAUUGUUCCUCAAGCUCCAGAAGCGGGUGACAGAGCUGGAGCAGGAGAAGCAGGUGAUGCAGGAUGAGCUGGACCGCAAGGAGGAGCAGGUGCUCCGCAGCAAGGCAAAGGAAGAAGAAAGACCACAGAUUAGAGGUGCAGAACUGGAAUAUGAGUCACUCAAGCGUCAAGAACUAGAGUCAGAAAACAAAAAACUGAAAAAUGAGCUAAAUGAGUUACGAAAGGCCCUCAGUGAGAAAAGUUCCCCUGAGGUGACUGCCCCAGGUGCGCCAGCCUACCGUGUCCUCAUGGAGCAGCUGACCUCUGUGAGUGAGGAGCUCGAUGUCCGCAAGGAGGAAGUCCUCAUCCUGAGGUCUCAGCUGGUGAGCCAGAAGGAAGCCAUCCAACCCAAGGAUGACAAGAACACAAUGACAGAUUCCACAAUACUUUUAGAAGAUGUACAAAAAAUGAAAGAUAAAGGUGAAAUAGCACAAGCAUAUAUUGGUUUGAAAGAAACCAACAGAUCAUCUGCUAUGGAUUGCCAUGAGUUGAAUGAGGAUGGAGAGCUGUUGCUGGUUUAUGAAGGGUUAAAACAAGCCAACAGGCUCCUGGAGUCCCAGCUGCAGUCUCAGAAGAGGAGCCAUGAGAAUGAGGCUGAAGCUCUCCGCGGGGAAAUCCAGAGCCUGAAGGAGGAGAACAACCGGCAGCAGCAGCUGCUGGCCCAGAACCUACAGCUGCCCCCAGAGGCCCGCAUUGAGGCCAGCCUGCAGCAUGAGAUCACUCGGCUCACCAAUGAGAACCUGGAUUUGAUGGAACAACUCGAAAAACAAGAUAAGACUGUCCGGAAACUGAAAAAACAACUUAAAGUAUUUGCCAAAAAAAUUGGUGAACUAGAAGUGGGCCAGAUGGAGAAUGUAUCGCCAGGACAGAUCAUUGAUGAACCCAUUCGUCCAGUCAACAUUCCCAGGAAGGAGAAGGAUUUCCAAGGAAUGCUGGAAUACAAGAAGGAGGAUGAGCAAAAACUUGUGAAGAACCUGAUUCUGGAGCUGAAGCCACGUGGUGUGGCAGUCAAUUUGAUUCCAGGGUUACCAGCGUAUAUCUUGUUUAUGUGUGUUCGGCAUGCUGACUACCUGAAUGAUGACCAGAAAGUAAGGUCGUUGCUAACAUCAACAAUUAACAGCAUCAAGAAAGUACUGAAGAAAAGAGGUGAUGAUUUUGAAACCGUCUCCUUUUGGCUUUCCAACACAUGCCGAUUUUUGCACUGUUUAAAGCAGUACAGUGGAGAAGAGGGCUUUAUGAAACACAACACCUCUCGCCAGAAUGAACACUGCCUCACCAAUUUUGACUUAGCUGAGUACCGGCAGGUGCUCAGUGACUUGGCAAUUCAGAUCUACCAGCAGCUCGUGCGGGUGUUAGAGAACAUCCUUCAGCCAAUGAUCGUCUCCGGGAUGCUGGAACAUGAAACCAUUCAGGGUGUCUCUGGGGUGAAGCCCACAGGGCUAAGAAAGCGAACCUCCAGCAUCGCUGACGAGGGCACCUACACACUCGACUCCAUCCUGCGGCAGCUCAACUCCUUCCACUCGGUCAUGUGUCAGCAUGGCAUGGACCCCGAACUGAUCAAGCAGGUGGUCAAGCAGAUGUUCUACAUCGUGGGGGCCGUCACCCUGAACAACCUCCUCUUGCGGAAGGACAUGUGCUCCUGGAGUAAAGGCAUGCAGAUCAGGUACAAUGUCAGUCAACUAGAAGAAUGGCUGCGUGACAAGAAUUUGAUGAACAGUGGGGCUAAGGAAACCCUGGAGCCUCUCAUUCAGGCUGCUCAGCUUUUGCAAGUGAAAAAGAAAACAGAUGAUGACGCAGAAGCCAUUUGUUCCAUGUGCAAUGCUUUAACUACUGCCCAGAUUGUCAAAGUGUUGAAUUUGUAUACACCGGUUAAUGAGUUUGAAGAAAGAGUUUCUGUGUCAUUUAUUCGUACUAUACAGAUGCGUUUACGAGACAGGAAAGACUCUCCUCAACUACUCAUGGAUGCAAAACACAUCUUUCCUGUCACCUUUCCUUUUAACCCCUCUUCCCUUGCGCUAGAAACUAUCCAGAUUCCAGCCAGCCUGGGCCUGGGAUUCAUAUCACGGGUCUGAAAGUGAUAUCAAGGCAAAUAUUGACAAUACAUUUCUUGCCUGAAAUAAGAACCCAUUAUUUCAAGCGAGCUACUGAAAACACAUUUUAAAAGAUAGUACUUAUUAUCUCCCAAAUAAGGGAUUAUUGACUAGAACUGCCCCUAGAAUACUUUUCAUCAUCUUGGAAAGAAAGAUAGGUUCCUUUGUGCCGUGUUACCUUCAUAACAACACUUGUCCUUGGUCAGUUAGGUGUCUGCCAUUGACAUGCAGGUGAAUGAUGGAAGAAAACAACAACAAAAAAUGUGUCUUCAGCUGCCAGCAUUUAUUUUAAAUCCUUAUCACUGCAUCUAAAUGAUAUAAAAAACCUGAAUUCCAGAUAUGAAUAUGAGCUGUUGUUAAGAAGGCACCAUCAAGGAACCUCCUGUGUGCUAACCAGAAGAACUGAAAGAAAAAUCACCACCGAGUACAUAUUAUACCAGCUUAGGAAUCAAUUAUGUUGAUAAUGUCAAACUGGAACAAACAAAUAAACUGACAUUAUGUAAAGUAACUGGAUAAGUAGCUCCCUUCUAUGUGUCACUAUGAUGUAGAGAUAUUAAGAGAAUGUUGGUUUGCUUAGAGCAUGGAAGUCCAUUUGUACUGUAGUUUACUGAGCAUUUUAAAUUGCUGCUACAUACUAUGUUCUUUAAAAUGUAAGCGAUAUUCAUAUUAGGCACUACAACAAUAAGCUUCUCUUUUAUCAACUCUGUUUACAGUCCAAUCAGAUUAGUUUUAACUGGAUUACAUGCACAUAUCUACAGAUUCACCUGCACAAGUAGCAGACACUGGGAAGUCAUGUAGUAAUAUGACACAGCGUUUGACAUUUAGGGAUAGGACUAGGCAAAGUGGUUAUCGUUGAUGUCAUUUAUUCAGGAUGUGUUAUAUUGAUGUGCUCAUUAACUUUCCCUGGGUGAUAUCACAUCAGGGUACAGUGUUCUGUGAAGUGACUUAUUUUUGGUUACCAGAUCUGAUUCCUGCAGUGCAUAUUUUCAACCCUGACAGGUUUUCUUUCUUCUUAAUUUAUUAAGAAUUAAUCUCACUAUCUAGAGAGGAUUGUCAGAAUAUUCGUGAUUCAGGUCUUGAAAUCUUGAUUCUUUUAUAAAUUAUGCAAAAUAAAGUAUAUAAUAAAUAAUUGAUUCCAUUUUUUAGGCUUUGCAACUUCUAUAAAUGUUCUCAGUACCACUAGAUAUUUUAAAGAGCAUCAUAUUAGAAAUACUUUGACCUAUAUAAAAAUAUAAGGAGAUUGCUGAAUUUUACAGAGGACUUGGUUUAAUAAGACCCAGAUUCUAUAAGUUUUCAUUCAGACAUUCUAAGUAAACAUAUUCUCCAUUUGUCCCACAAAUCUUAAACAAUAAAUGUUUCAGAUUGUACAAAAGCAAAUUCUUAGCUUUCACUAGAAACUCUGGUUCAGAAUUACAAUCAUAGAUUUGUAUAAAUUAACUGUUAGAUAAUCUAUAAAAUAUGUGCAAUAUUAUUAAUGGAAGUAAAACAUUUUCAAAUCAGUGAUAAAGAUUGUUAUUAAAAGAUAAAUACUGUCUGUUAACUUAUUUGAGCCUCAAAUUCCUCAUUUAUACAGUAAGAGUGUUAGACAGCCAGUUCCUAAGGUCCCUUCCACUUCUGAAGUUCUCUCCUUGGAGUGCUUGGACCACAGAGAAGUGAGCUCAGGUAUUUGGUAAGGUAGCCUAGUGUUUGGAGCACGUUAAUUUUGAGGGAUGAAUAAAAUGUAAAAUUAUAGGUUUAUGAAGCUAUAAUUUUCCUUAAAUGUGCAUGAUUUAUAGUCAUGCUUUUAGAAAUUUAGUUCAGGUAAUUUUUAUUGAAUUGUGUGCUGCUGUAUUCAGAUUGGAUACAUUUAUUCUUUUGCAAAAUCAGGCAAAAAUGCUACUUCGGAUUCUCUCAAUUUUCCCGGAUGUCAAUGUGGUUUUCAAUAACUUUUGAAACCACCUAGUUAGUACUGAAUGCGUCAGAGUCUAAGAACAUAGAUGGGACUUGGGUGGGAAAGAUGUCCCCUCAAAUGCCACUGUGAUUGUAGGCUCCCCUACUGAAACCCGGAAAUCCUCCCAGGUCCUUUCCCAGGUUAGUCCUGUAUAGCAUGUUCCACACACACCCUGAGUCACGUCGGGUCUUCAGGCUCACGCUCUAGCUUCCACUGCCACUGCAGCCCUUGUCUUUCCCACAGACAGGUUGUAUCCUGAGGCAUGUCUAGUCUGGGCCUUUCUCUCUCUCCUGUCUCCCAUCUUUCUGCUACAAAGAGCCUCCAUUCUAUAACCAAGCCACAGGCUCUCCUGUUCAGGGAUGGCCGCACAAAGAUUAUGCUGUUUCAGGGCUCCAGCUUCCUCCAGGGCCUAUCCAGAACCCCAGAUGGGGCUCUGAAUGAAUUUCUCUUAGUGGCCUGAAGAUCUUUAGUCGCAACAGAAAUACCUUACAACCACAGAACUCCAAAUCCUGGUAAGUCAUUCUGUGUCCUAGUUUCUUGGAGAUUCAACAAUAUUCUGCUGACUGUGGGUACCCUUGGCCUCUCUGAGGGCUUCUCACCUUUCCCUCUGUCCAUUCACACUUUAUUACCCAGCCUCAAACAAACCUCUGCCAGCCCUCCCCACCAUCCAUCCACUCACUUAUCCAUUCAUUCUUUCCCUUCCUUCAGCCAUGUCAGGUAUCCCCUCAACUAUCUACUCACCUGCUCUGACUAUGUUGAAGGCUGUGGGCGGAGUCAGUCUUCAGUUGUUCCGUAGACCUGCCUGAAGACUUCCCUUCAGGCCAAUUUUUACAUGAGUUCUUACUGUUCCCACUUCUCUGCAGUACUUCUUAGCAUUACCACUAAUACGCUUGUUCAUAAUUCCAACAUGACACACUAUAGGAACUCAAAGAAAGAAUUCUUUGAGAAAACAAUUCACUGUCUCAAUAGCCACUUCUCAAUAGUCUCUUCCCCCACUCACUUUACAUGGAGACUGAGCUCACACCUUGGAAAGCAAACCUGAAAACUUAGAAGCAGUUUCCCUUCUUGUACCUUCUCUCAGGUUAAGGUUUUGCUCUGCCUGAGAGAAACUGUAAUGAAGGGGAAAGAUGAGCAUGGGGUAAAAUCCAUGACAUGUAGCUUCAUGGUUCCUUCUGAAGUUGUGAAAAUUCCCCGUGCACCUGACACUUCUUUCCUCGAUUGCAAAGGUACAAAAAUAUGUAUUCCAAAGCCAACUGAGAGGAGAUUUGGGGAUUUGGGUCAGUUUGUCUCGUUUGCUUUAUUUCAUUCCUUCCAAUGGAUAAUUGAAAGUUGCCUCUUUCUGGGUAAGUGAUUAUGUAUAAUAUAGAUCAAAGCUUUUAGUAACACAGUUUAAUAAUUUAUUUGAUUAGAAUUUCAGUAUAGUGGUGGUUGUGAGAAAUGUCUUCCCUGGCAACCCUAGGUGAAGGGGCGCUUGGCACCAUUCUGAGAUGUCCUCAUAUUCUCUCUCUCUCUCUUUUUCUCUUCCACACAUACACAGUCUUCAGUAACUUCAACUGUUUAACAUAAAACAAAGGAAAAGGGCCACUUGAAGGUGGCCCUUCAGCCCUCCGAGUGAAAGGGCGUGUAGAAACAGCACCUUGUGUCUGGCCAUGCUUGACUCCAGCUCACGUGCUCUGGUACCUCAUUGUGUCCUCACAGCAGCCCUGGAAGGUAGGAGGGUCGCUACUGCCAUCCUUGUGUGUAUGGACACUUGAGACAGAGAUAAGGCCAGUGACUUGCCUAACUAAGGCUGCCUAGGUUGCCUAAGCUGUGCCAUCAUCCCACACUCAGCAGUGGCAGUGAGAGCACAUGUGGGGCAGGAGACUUGAGAACGUCCCCAGGUUCCAUUUUGUUCCUCCUGGUACCCGUGGGCUGCCCUGGCCUAGCACAAGGUGCUCUUUUUCUCUAUCAGAGUUGGCUACUGCCCUAUGGGAGGUGAAUAAAUGCUGAGAACCAAGUUCUUUGUGCUGAUCACAGGGGGUGCCUUGUGCUUUCCUUCUUGUCAUAGUUACCAACUAUAACUGGGCUUCCCUUGUGGCCCAGCUGGUAAAGAAUCUGCCUGCAAUGCGGGAGACCUGGUUUGGGUAGAUCGCCUGGAUAAGGGAAAGGGUACCCAUUCCAGUAUUCUGGCCUGGAGAAUUCCAUGGACUGUAUAGUCCAUGGGGUUGCAAAAAGUUGGACAUGAUUGAGUGACUUUCACUUUCACCAACUAUAACUAUGUUUGGCUUUUGUAAUAGAUCAGUGCCCCACCCCCACCCCCCGGAGGGUGCAGGACUCUGUUCUGGUCAUUAUUUAGUAGCAGGCUGUCCCAGCCUGACAGGAAAUGGAGAGAGCCUCCCAACAGUUAAAAAGAAGGUCGCUGUCAACACACAGCCCUCAAAGUCACUAUGAGGGCCACCAGGUGAGCUAGCUGAGCAGCCUGGAGAGAACCUGUGGAGACAGGCCAAGUUCCUGGGUCCCUUCUGAGGGCUGUCUACCAGGCAGGCCAUACACAAGUCUUUGUGUGUUUGAACAUGGCAGUGUGUGCACGCUGCCAGUGUUGGCUUUGGAGCCAAGAGGUUAGGGAGGCACUGUGCAUGCCUAAGGGCAUUGAUUUCUUCUCAGGCUGUGCUGUGAGGGCUACCUUAACCCCCACUCCCUUCCCUCCUAGAGCUGCCUUAAGUUCUCUGGAACUCCUCCUCUGUCAAGGGAAGUCUUGCCUGGAAAGGUAUCUUGCCCUGUUUCUCAAGGUGUGAGGGUGUGGGUGGGCAUGGCCUCCUUUCUUCCUUCCCAUUCUGCAUGACUCUCCCCUUCCGUUCCUUCUUCCUUUGCUCUCAUUUCCAAACAGGUAUUGGAACUCUGAGGCAGCAACAACCUCAGAGCCAAUGAAAUGUAAUCUUAGAGAGUGCUUCCUGAGUUUGGGGGCCUCUGUGUUACAAGUAAGCAAAUGAACAUAUGAAAGAAAUACAGAGAUAAUUUAGAUUCUUGGUAAUUCUUAAAUGGCUUGUUUCCCACUGAACUGACAUUUUCUUAGGCUAAAGGGUAUAAUUGUAAAACCUUUCAUAGACAUUCAUUAAAAAUUUUUUUAAGAACUCUUUACCCAUAUCAAAACUGGAGUGAAAAUAGGAAACAGUGCUAUAAUUCUAAUUCGUUGUAUUACCCUAAAUUAAGUCAAACUGAGAUUACAAUAGAUGUCUCAAUAGAUCAGAAACUGGAAAGCACUAUGUAAAAUAUCUGCCAAAAUACAUUUUAUACAUUUUUUAUUUUAUAAUUUGGUCUAGUUAAAAUGCUCAUUAGCUCAAUUUAAUGGGUGUUACUAGAUUCAUUAAGAUGUCUAUGAAUACCAUUUCCUCAGUAUUGUAAUGUUGCUUGAAAUAUUUGACAGAAAACAUUUCUUUUUAGAAAAAUGUUUUUUGAAUUGAAGUUUGUAUGUACAAUUCAAUGCUUAGUAGGUCAGUAUACAUUUUCAUGACAUUUUUCAGAGUCAAUAGUUUUAAAUAUCUUAUUGUUAUUAUAUGUUAUAAAAACUUAGCCUACAUUUCAGGCUCUCUACAACACUUGAGCCAUUUAAUUUUUCCAACAUAUGCUGAAUUUUUCCUUCAAAUGUGGAUAUAUGUGUUAUAAUUUAUGAUCCUAAUUGUGAAUUUUUGUGGAACCCAGGAGUUAUGUUUAUUUUCUUGUGUCCUUGGAGAAUUUAAGUUGCUCUAACAGUGUUGCAUAGAAAUGAGCUUAUGACAUUUAAUAUAUUGUAUUUUAAUUACUAACUUCAAUUGUCAACUUACUGUGAAAUGGAUAACUACCAUGGCAUUGAACAUUGCAGUUUUUCUUUUUCCUUGUUGGUCUAGAAAAGGAAUUCUACUUUGACCUACAUGGAAAAACAUGAUCUGGUUAAUCUUUGAAAAGUUCUUAGGUGAAAUAUUCCUCCAUGAAAAAGGAAGCAAAAGUGCUGAGAAGUGAAAGGCAUUAACAAACAACACUAGUUUUAAACUAAACCCACCCCAGCAUAUCUCACAUGAAAUUUUUAAAAAUAAGUUAAUAAUGCACCUCAUGUCAACAAAAGCCUUUGAAACAUGGGUUUUCACUAGAUAUCACCUAGUGCUAAGAUGAAAACCAAAACAAUAUCAGAUAGACAUUUAUGCUCAAAAUUUGUAGUUGUCUGACGUUGUACUUAGUAAAUAUGUGUCAUUAAUGCUGUAUUCUCCUAGCUAUUAAAGAAAAUUGUUCAAAUAAAGAUAUGGAUGUAAA